GAGGCGCUCGUGUGCGCAUGCGCGUUGUUUGUGUUCUGAUCGAAUUGUUAAGUCUUUGUCGCUGCAAACUGAUGAACCUUCUUUGCGCUUCUGUUUUUUUUUUUUUUUGGAAUCCGGAGAUUCCAAAAUAAAUCACACGUCAGAGGAGAUCGCUUACGAUGCCGAAGCAAAAAAAAAGAUCUUGCAGUGGAUCUCUGAUAAUGCUGGGAGGGGAAAAAAACAAAACAACAACAACGCUGAUGUAAUCUAAGCCCUCGCUGUCGGACAUGUACACAAACAAAACCGACGCUGGGGUUUAAGGUGGUUCUAUCAGGACUCAGGAGCAAUUUGAGGAAAACUUGAAGUGCGCAACGAAGAAAGAAAGAAAGCAACAAAAAAAGAAGCGCGUCAUGACGGGACUCGAGGGUUAAAAACAAUAUCGAAGAAAAAAAAAAGGAGCACGUCUCCGAUUAAUCGAUUAAUCCAGCUACCAUGACAGAGGAAAGGAGGAUUUCUUUGCGAAGGCGGCACAUGGAAUGCGACAGCGGGCUUCAACUUUCCAGCUGCCUUGACGACGCGGAGAAGGGGACGGGAAGAGGAGGAAUCGUGUGGAUCAGCAGCGAUCCCGAAUAAUAAUAAUAAUAAUCGAUCGGCGCGGAGUAAAUUUGCAGGGAGAUGGAGACAGUCGGGAAAUUCGAGUUCAGCAGGAAGGACCUCAUAGGCCACGGGGCAUUCGCGGUGGUGUUUAAAGGCAGGCAUCGAGAGAAGCAUGACUGGGAGGUUGCUGUGAAAUGCAUCAAUAAAAAGAAUCUAGCAAAAUCCCAAACUCUACUGGGGAAAGAGAUCAAAAUAUUAAAGGAGCUGAAGCACGAAAACAUCGUCGCGUUGCAUGAUUUUCAGGAAACGGCGAGCUCUGUGUAUUUGGUGAUGGAGUACUGUAACGGAGGAGACCUGGCUGACUACUUGCACUCCAAGGGCACGCUGAGCGAGGACACCAUCCGUGUGUUCUUGCAGCAGAUAGCAGGCGCAAUGAGAGUGCUGCAGGCCAAAGGCAUUAUCCACAGAGACCUGAAACCACAGAACAUCCUGCUGUGCCACCCGGCCGGCCGCAAGUCCCACACCAACAACACCUGCAUCAAAAUAGCCGACUUUGGCUUCGCACGGCACCUCCAGAACAACAUGAUGGCCGCCACCCUCUGCGGCUCCCCCAUGUAUAUGGCUCCAGAGGUCAUCAUGUCACAGACCUAUGAUGCCAAGGCUGACCUGUGGAGUAUUGGAACCAUUGUGUUUCAGUGUCUUACUGGGAAAGCCCCAUUUCAAGCCAGCAGUCCUCAGGACCUCCGCUUGUUUUAUGAGAAGAACAAGAAUCUCAGCCCAAACAUUCCCAGAGAGACGUCCAGCCACCUGAGGCACUUGCUUCUGGGCCUGCUGCAGAGGAACCAUAAGGACCGCAUGGACUUUGACGAGUUCUUCAAGCACCGUUUCCUCGAGGCGAGCUCCACCAUGAAGAAGUCUGCACCGGUGACCCUGACCUGCUUUCCCAGCUCAGGUUCAGCAAGCUCAUGUAGCAGCUCCUCCACCUCACACCUCGCUUCUCCUCCUCAGUCCCUUGGUGAGAUCCAGCAGAAUCGAACCAAAGCGUUGGCCUCCCCUACCCAGGAUUCUCCGGGCUUCUUGCUGAAGGAUUCGGCUGGUGGUGGAGGAAGCAGUAAGAACUCCUCCUGCGACACGGAUGACUUUGUCAUGGUUCCGGCUCAUUUCCCCAGUGAGCUCACGUGUGAAAUGCCCUCAGGGAAGGUGCUUCAGGAUAGUCUUGUGUGUAGUGGGAGCUCUCUUCUUGCGUCUGGAAGUCAGGGCAAUCAGGUCAAGUCUCUUCCACGCUCGCCCUCUUACAGCAGCUCUGCAGCACCAGCAGGCAGGCCUCCUGAACACUCUUUGAGUAACUGUAGUAACUACGGACAGUCCUUGCCCAUUCCAGUGCCCACACAGAUUCACAACUAUCAGCGCAUGGAGCAGAACCUGCACUCUCCCAGCCAGGACAGCUCUCCACGGUGUACUCCAGUGCGGCGGUGCAGCAGUGGCAGUCCCGUUGGUUGUGGGAGGACAGGGCCGUCUCCCCCUCAUCACUCAGCCAUCACCACCCGCAGACCGUCUAUAGGAGGCAUCAAACCCCUCCAGCACUCCCCACAGGCUCUCCAGCUACCUGAUGCUAAAUCCAGAUCCAGGCAGCCUGGGCUGGGCUCACGCCUCCACAGCGCCCCCUGCCUGCUGGAGGCCGCUGGCGGCUGCAGGCAAACGAUCAGGAAACAGCACUCAGACCCCGUCGUGGCCCCCCAAGGGGGCGCGAUGGCCCUGAGGACCCUACAUUCCUCUCCCCGACUCAGUGAACUGAUGCAGCGCAGUCCGUUACCCACCAUCCUGGGAUCACCGUCAAGAGCUAUGUCCCCAUUUGAGUUCCCAAAGCCGCCCAGCUCUCCGAACAUGGUGACAUUUCUGACUCAGCAGGGUUUAGUUUUCCCCUCAUCUGCUGGCCGGCCGUGCCAGGGCGAAUCAGGCAUGCCUGGUGCUUUCCAGCCUGAGGACGGCAAGACUUUUGGAAGGUCGCAGAGCUCUGGCCUCCUUUCAGACAUGCUGAAAGCAGCAUUCGGGGGACAGCGGGGAGACAGAGGCAGCACAGAGAACCUCAGUGCUGACAGAGCAAUCGACAUAGCACCUGCUGCUGGUGGGACCAUGGUAGUGGGCUCAGGCAGUCCAGCACGAGUGGUGUUCACUGUGGGCUCGCCCCCCAGCGGAGGAACUCCACCCCACACUUCUCGUUCCAGAAAAUUUUCAGCAUGCUCCUCGAGCUCCAUCAGUCCCGUGGGGUCCCUCACCAGCCGUUACCCUCAGACAGGCGUGUGUUUGGAUGGGUUUGAGGGCUCGUCCAGUCCUCGUUACGGUCUCACUGACCCCAUCUCAGCCAACUUUGAGGGAGCUGUAAUGUUUGAGGCCCCCGAGCUCCCAGAAGAAACGCUAAUGGAGCAGGAGCACACGGAGAUUUUGCAGAGGCUCCGGUUCACGCUGGAUUUUGCUCGCUGUAUGAUUGAGGUGGCAGCGUCGAGAGGUGGAGAGGCCGGGCAAGCUGAACAGCCCUCGACCUGCCUACACCAGAAAGAAAGCGUCGUGGCCGACCAGAUCAGCUCUCUGAGCCGCGAGUGGAGUCAUGCUGAGCAGUUGGUGUUGUAUAUGAAAACUGCCGAGCUCCUGUCCACUGCACUGCACACAGCCAUGGAGGGCAUCAAACAGGGUAAAGUGUAUCCCUCCACCACAGUCAAACAAGUGGUCAGGAGGCUAAACGAUCUGUACAAGUCGAGCGUGACGUCAUGUCGCUCCCUGAACGCGCGUCUGGAGCGGUUCUUUUCCCGAAAGCACCGGCUGAUGGACCACAUCAACACCAUCACUGCAGAAAGGCUCAUCUUUAGCCACACUGUACAGAUGGUGCAGGCUGCAGCUCUGGAUGAGAUGUUCCACCAGAGUGAGGCUUCAGUACAGCGCUAUCACAAAGCCUUGCUGUUGAUGGAGGGUCUGUCACUGCUCCUCACCGAGCAGGCCGACAUCCUCAGCGUCAGCAAGUGUAAGCAGUGUAUUGAGCGUCGCCUCACCGCGCUGCAGACAGGCCUCUGUGUAUAGAGAUUCGACCAAGUCCCUUACAUUCCUUCCCUACAUUUCCUAGAAAGAAUACGCCUUCUUUCCAUCCCUCUCGCUGCUUCUUCAGUCUAAGAAAACGAAGACUGAGAGGACCGAGGUUGUGGUCAUGGGUAUAGUGAUGCCUGCAGUGUAUGGUGAGAAAUGUAGAGAGUGAGUUCCUGAAUCACAUUGUGUAUGAAUCAGAAAUCAGAUAAGCUGCAGGCAAUCACUUCAGUCUCACGUCGAGUCCCUGACAUUCUCGUGGAGAUCUUUUUUUUAAACCUAUAAGCUGCACUGUGUAAACAUGUUCUGUUUCGCGUAGACAUAACACUAUGUCAGGAUCUGAUUUUCUUUAGUACUGGGCUUGUGCAAUCACAGGUGAUAGAUAUUCAUCAGUAGCUGGAUUUAAUCAUACACUCGCAAAAAAAAAAAAAAAGGUAUUACACUGUAUCUUUCGUGGUCUGGUCACUCGGGUAGUACAUCUUUUGUAACUUUUAGUAUGCAUCUGCAUGUAGUGUACCUUUUUUAUAGCUUUAAUCUACAAAUGAAUUAUGGAUCAUUUAUGUACAGUCCCCCUCGAAACUAUUGGAACCAGAAAGCCUGUUCAUUUGUGUGUGUUAUACACCAAAGACAUUUGGGUUUGAGAUCAAAAGAUGGCUCGGAGACGAGAGUUUAGGAUUUCAGCUUUUAUGUUGUUUAACACAUCUCGAUGUAAAUACCAGGAAAUAAAACAUAGAACCUUUUGUAUCAGACCACCCAAUUUUGAAGUGAGCAAAAGUAUAGGAACAGAUAAGUACCUUGAAGUAAACUAAUGUAAAUAACACGUAUAUAUGUUUGCUUAUCCCUUGCUUGGAAUAACUGCAUCAAGCCUGCACUCACUGACAUCACCACAUUGUUGGUUUCUUCUUUUGUGAUGCUUUUCCAGGCUUUUACCACAGCCUCUUUCAGUUGUUUGUUUCAGGGGGUUUCUCCCUUCAGUCUCCUCUUAAGGAGGUGAAAUGCUGCUCAGUUGGAUUAAGAUCUGGUGAUUGGUGACCUUCCGCUUUUCCCCCCAUGAUAAAGUGCUUUUGUUGAGUUGCCAUUGUGUUUUGGAUCAUUGUCUUGCUGCAUGAUGAAGUUCCUCCCGAUUAAUUUGGAGGCAUUUCUCUGUAAGUUUGCAAACAAAAUGUUCCUGUAAACUUCUGAAUUCAUUCUGCUGCUACCAUCAUGAGUUACAUCAUCAAUAAAGAUUAGUGAGCCUGUUCCAGAAGCAGCCAUACAUGCCCAAGCCAUGACACUACCUCCACCAUGUUUCACAGAUGAGCUUGUAUGUUUUGGAUCACGGGCAGAUCUUUUCUUUCUCCACACGUUGGCCUUUCCAUCACUUUGGUAGAGGUUCAUCUUGGUUCCAGAACUUUUCUGGCACAUCUCUGUAUUUCUUUGCGAUUUCCAAUCUGGCUUUCCGAUUCAUACUGCUGAUGAGUGGUUUUUGCAUCUUGUGGUAUGGCCUCUAGAUUUCUGCUCUCAAAGCCUUCUGGAUUGACACCUUCACUCCUGCCCUGUGAAAGCUGUUGGUGAUGUCACCAUCUGACUUGUUUUGGAGGGGGGUUUCUUCACAGCUCUUACGUUUCUGUCAUUAGCUGUUGUUGUUUCCCUUGGAUGGUGUCUGUUGCUCAGUAAACCAUUGCUUUCUUUCUUUUUUACAACUUGUUGUAUUGGCUUUGCCCAGUGAUUUCGCAAUGCCUCUGAUAGAUUUCCCCCUUUUCACAGCUUCAAAAUGGCUUGUUUUCUCCCAUAGACAGCUCUCUGAUCUUCAUGUUGGCUUAUCCUUUUUAACAACAAAUGCAGUCUGCUUAGAUGAUACUGAAGGCUGAAACCAAGAGUAGAUGUCCAGAGCUAUUUAUUGUUUAAACAAUCAAUCUAACGGGGCACACCUGGGUAACAAGCAACACCUGUCAGUCAAUGUUCCAAUAUUUUUGCUCGCCUACAAAUUGGGUGGUCUGAUAGCACAUUUUGUAUGUUUUAUGAUGCAUAACGCAUCUACAUAUAAAGCUCCUUUAAAAGCAGCUUCUCAAAGGACUGGAAUAUAAAUACAUAUAAAUACCAGGAAGUAAAAUCUGAAAUUCUAAUCUCUCUUCUAUUAUUCAUAUUUUGAUCUCAAACCUACAUGUCAUUCAGUCUACAACAAAAAUGAUUUGGCCACUAGUUUCGGAGGGGGCUGUACCUUCAAGGAACACUAUAUCCACAUUUCUAGUUGUAACAUACAUAAAGGUACAAAGGAUGUAGCCUUACGGGUACCACUUCAGGAAAGACACCGUUUAGUGCUCCAAGUAAGAGUGUAAGUUGGAACUCAUAUUUUUGGUCAGGUAUGUUCCUAGCCAUUUGAGGGCAAAUUUCAUGUUAAUAUACAGAUGUCAUUCAUGGACAAUGAAGUUGGCAUCUCCUAAUUGACUGUGCGUCACUUUAUUUUAUUUCACCCUAUUUUAUUUUACUUUAUUUUCCCCUUUUGCGUCGAAGACUAUAUGUUCACCAGAUGAACGUGACGAACCAAAAAAAGCAGACGGACCAUGGGUUACACCAAGGAGGUAACUUGGAGUUGAGUUUGAAGUUCAUAAAUUGUGUUGCACCAUUUCAUUUAAAAAAUUUUUUUAUUAAAAUUGUAAUACUGAUGUAAUAUAACCUGUAAUAAUAAUAUAAUUGACAGGUAUUAAUUAAUAUAAUGUGUGAUACAACACUUCACUAGGGAUUAUAGGUUACCAUAAAAAUCAAAAAUUUAAAGUAAACAGCAUUACUCUUAAUCUUCAGUGAUUUAUUUACAGUUUUUCUUUGCUUGAGUGAAAAAUAGCAUGGUCAUUUUCUUUUAUGGAGCUUUCAUUAUCUGCAGUCCAUAUUUUGAAAUUUAAACCACUUGCAAGAUGAAAACGAGUCCCUUAAUGAGUUCGAGUUAACUAACAAUAAAUUGGAAUUGUAUUGAAUUAAUAAGAUAAUUGAUUCAAGAUUAAAGUUUACAUCAGUUUAAUCAAAUAUUAGGUAAAAACUAAAACCAGGAUUAAAUGAUGGCUUAAAUACAGUUCGGAAAUUUUUUUUAAAAGGUAUUUUGAAGUUAGGUGCGACUGGAUUCACAGACAAACAUGGAUGUAUUCCAGGUUAAAGCUUUCUUGGUGCAACCCCGUCACUAUAUGGGGGGGAAAAAAGUAUAUAUUAAACUAUAAAAAUUUGUAGUGUACAUGGAAUUCAUCCUUAUACAGUACUUUCUCCCUGUUUCCUUUCGUAGUUUUUAUUACCAGUCAGGCCGUGUGUAGCACUUUAGUGAAUACGGACUAAGAUCGUCCACUUUGUUUCCAAAUUCCAAAUGCGCGAUCUGAACGUCUCUCGAUUUAUUUUUUUUAUCUUUGUUUUCCCCCCGUUUUUUUUUUUUUUAUCUCUUCUGUGUUUUUACAUUGUUUGUUUUUGGCAAUCGUGUUCGUCCGCCUUUUUAAACGUGUGUAUGAAUGAGUGAAGGAUAGGCUAUAAAAACAGAGAAAAGAAAAGAACGACACUAUGGAGAAAUAGGCAGGUCGUACUUUGCGUUUUGUUUAUUAGUUUUAGCUGUUAUUGAGAACUCUAGGCUUGGUGUAGCGUGCAGCAGGCCCUGCGCUGUAAGGCGAUAUUAUUUCUUGUAGUUUCAGUCACACUUUGUUAAGAUUAUCUGGGUAGUGUUUUUUUUUUUCUUUCUCGUAGCGAUGGAGCUCCUUUUGUCCCCGUUAAUUAUACAGUCCUUUUGAAUUUUUAAAGGAUUGUCGCUCAUUGAUCAUGACACCUGUAGUGAAUGCGGCGUUUGUAACCCGGACCCGGGAACAGAAGUACACCAUCCUCACGUUUACUGCGCUGCAUGGGGGGCGCCACCUGUUUCCAUGCGAGUUUUUAAAUGUUUGUGCUGAAUGCUUUUAAAACUUUAUUAAAGUAUGCUGAGUGGUUUGGUUUUUGUGUGUCAGAUAUGGUUAAAUCUAUUUUAUAAUGUGCCUUUAAAAAAAAAAAAAAAAAAAAAAAGCAAAAAUUUAAA